UAACCCACGUGUAUAGUAUGAAAUUUCGAAGUGGCAUUUUGGAACAUCGAGUGAGGGUGGUAUGGGCAGAAACAGUCGCGUUGGCUACGUCGCUGACAGAAAGCUGAUCCCCAGAAUAAAGGAGUACAUUGCGGAGAACAACGGCGUGUGGCUGGAGGCGGACGAAGUGGCAACUGCACUGCAAGCGGAGUACAGUGAAUACGGCAGGAAGAACAAGGCAGCCUUUCGAAGCAGCGUGGCAAAAGCGCUGAAGCUGUUGAAGAAAGGUAGUGGGUGUGGUCGAAGCGAGGCAGGAGUGAGGUGGGAGAGAGAAGAGGGAAAUCUACAGGCAUUGGAGAGUCACCACGUGGAGAAGAGGCGGAGGAAGGAGGGAGAGGGAGCUGGUGAAGAGAUGGAAGAAGGGGUGCCAGAUGAGCCAGUGGGUGGUGUUUGGUCGGAAGAGGAGGGGGAGGAGGAAGAGGGGGGAGAAGAGGUGAAUAUGCUAAAUGACUCCCUCCUACAAGUCUAUCGCCGUGACGACAGCACAAGGUCGCCACACACUCUGACCUCUGGUGGAACGAACUCAGCCCCUUCAACCCCGGAACAGAAAGUUGGAUCCGACCUCCUUUCUGUGGGGUCGGGUACGGGGGAUUCCCCUGUAAUCAUCAGCUGGGAUGACAGCGGUGUUGAAGGUAGUCUGAUGAUGUCACAGGGAGAAACAAAGGAUGCAAGGGAAACCCCCAUGGCGGUGGUGGGGUCAGAGGGCAACACCACUGACUUGAGUAAUGUAAUGCAUCAUGUGACAUCUGGUGACGGUCAUGUGACAAGUGUGCAGCAGCAACUGGACAGAGGGGGUGUGGCAGGGAGGGAGGGUGCGGCCGAGUGUGAGUGUAAGCUGAAGAAAGUGACCUUUGCACCUGACGUCGUGGACAAACAGACCACAUCCAUAUUGAAAAGUCCAGGUGUUCCCAGGAAGAGACGUCACAAGUUGGCGGAGGAGGGGGAGGGGGAGGAGGGGUCGGCUGGUCAGAAGAAAACACCGUUCCCACCGCAGCAGGAGCGGCAAGUCGGAGAAGAACAGUUUCAAGUUGAGCGAUCUUCGGUGACGUUUGCCGACGUCGGUGGCUGUCAGACGGCAAUAGAGGAGGUCCAGAGACUUCUCCUCCACAUGAGGCACCCGGCGGUGUUUUCUCGUCUCGGGAUCCGCCCCCCACAGGGGGUUCUCCUCCACGGUCCCCCAGGCUGUGGAAAGACAUUGCUAGCCUCUGCCAUUGCUGGGGAAAUGAGUCUUCCUCUCAUUCGACUGGCUGCCACGGAGAUAGUGAGUGGAGUCUCAGGGGAAUCAGAGGGCUCUCUCAGACACCUGUUCUCACUGGCCAAGGGUAGCGUUCCGUGUGUCCUGUUCAUAGACGAGGUGGACGUCAUUUGUCUCAAGAGAGAAACGGCUCAGAGGGAAAUGGAGAAGAGGAUCGUUUCUCAACUGUUGGCCUGUGUUGACGCAGCGAAGGCUCAGGGAGUGUUGCUGGUGGCAGCCACCACCAGACCCGACUCUCUAGACCCAGCUGUCAGACGGUCCGGUCGAUUUGACCGCGAGAUCUGCCUCGGGAUCCCUGACGAGCCUGCCAGACUCAGUAUUCUGCGGGUGUUGACAAGAGGUCUUCGUCUGGAACCAGAUUUCCCAUUCCAGGACCUGGCACACCGGACACCGGGUUAUGUGGGUGCUGACCUCCAGGCUCUGAUUACUGAAGCCUCUCUCUGUGCUGUCAACAGGCUCUUGUCCACCAGCGGUAGACACGCCCUCUCAACUCCCGUGGGAGGAGCUUCACCGGGGUCAGAGGUCACAGGUUCAACCGUAACUCCAGAAGAGGGGGCGGCCCCCGGCCCCCACACUGAAAAUCAGAACCCCUCCUUUGAGAACAGAGACCCCCAGAGUUUGGAGGGUCUUGACGACAUAUUCAUAACAGCUAAGGAUUUUGAGCUAGCUCUCCAAGAGGUGCAACCGUCUGCGAUUAGGGAGGGGUUUGCGACUGUCCCUGACACCAGUUGGGACGACGUGGGGGCACUGGAGGACGUGAGAGAGGAACUCACUCUGGCAAUUUUGGCUCCAGUGAGGUACCCACGCCAGUUUGCAGGUCUAGGUCUGACCACACCCCCUGGCAUCCUGCUGGCUGGUCCUCCUGGAUGUGGGAAAACUCUCCUAGCAAAAGCCAUCGCAAAUGAGUCUGGAAUAAACUUUAUUUCUGUCAAAGGUCCUGAACUAUUGAACAUGUAUGUGGGAGAGAGUGAGCGGGCAGUUCGGCAGGUGUUUCAGAGGGCACGAAACUCCGCCCCCUGCGUCAUCUUCUUUGACGAGCUGGACGCUCUCUGUCCAAGGAGAUCAGAGAUGGCCGAGGCAAGUGCAAGCUCAAGGGUUGUGAAUCAACUUCUGACAGAAAUGGAUGGCUUGCAGGCGCGACGACAGGUGUUUAUAAUGGCUGCCACUAACAGACCUGAUAUCAUUGAUCCGGCAGUUCUGCGACCAGGUAGGCUGGACAGGGUCGUGUAUGUCGGUCUCCCUUCCUCCCGAGACCGCACCCUCAUCCUCAACACCAUCACCAAGAAUGGAACCCGGCCCAGGACACGGAACGUGGACAUGUCGACACUCGCCAGUUCCGAGUACACCGAGGGAUUCUCAGGUGCUGACCUGAAGUCUCUUGUGAGAGAAGCUGCAAUAGCUGCCCUCAGGCAGCACAUGCAACUCUCUUCCGAUUGGUUGACUCCUGACCAAUCAGAUCACACCUCAUCACUGUUUCCCGCGGUUACAAAAGUGGGUGGAGCCUCGGAGGGGGAAAAGGUGGACGGUGAAGAGUGUGUUGUGGCGAUGGAGAACUUUGUUUCGGCACUGAAAAGGGUCAAACCCUCUGUCUCAGGGAAGGUAAUUGGUCGAGAAUCUUGUCAUGCUCACAAGCUCUUGUUACAACUGCCCUAA